GCGCGCCGGCGAGGCCCGCCUGCUUCCUGCCCGCCGGGGAAAUAUAAACGGCAGCAUCUCCUGCAAAGGCGGCGGGGCUCGGCUGGCGCCGCUGGACCGGCCGCGCUGGAAGCAGGGACAGCAGGAGCCCAUCGGUUUAAGCAGAGACUUGCUGUCGGUUGAAGCUGAACGGGGAAGAUGGCCGAGCCCGAAAGCACCAUCCUGAACACCGACGUGAAACAGAAAGACCCCAGCCAGGCGCUGGUCAUCGCGGUGACAACCAGGGCCAUCUUCGACCUGGAGGAGGAGCACGCGCUCUUCCUGGCCAAGGGCAAGGACGAGUACGUGAGGCACCAGCAGGCCAACCAGGACAAGCCCCUGCCACCGGGCACGGCCUUCGCCUUCAUCCGGGCGGUGCAGUCCGUGAACGAGCAGCUCCUGGCGAGCGACCCGGCGGAGCAGGACCUCUUCGACGUCAUCGUGCUCUCCAACAACAGCCCCGAGAGCGGCACGCGCAUCAUCAACAGCGCCAAGCACUACGGCUUGGAGAUCUCCAAGUUCUGCUUCGUCAGCGAUGAGGACUCAACACAGUACCUGAAAUCCCACCAGGUGAAACUCUUCCUCUCGGCUGACCGGGUGGACGUUUGCAACGCCCUCCGCAGAGGAGUUUCUGCAGCGCUCGUCUUCCAGCAAGAGGUGCAGACCCCCAGCACCCAGCUGCGCGUGGUGUUCGAUGGAGACGCCGUGCUCUUCUCGGACGAGACGGACCAGGUCUUUCGGGAGAAGGGGCUGGAGGGGGCUGUGCAGUACGAGAGGGCCAUGGAGGCUGUGCCCAUGGGAGAGGGUCCUCUGAAGGCUUUUGCCAUGCACCUUGGGAAGAUGCGAAAGAAGUUCAGCCAAGAGAAAUCCCCCAUCCGCACCUACCUGGUGACGGCCCGUAGCGGCCGGGACAUGGGCAUCCGAGCCAUCAAGACACUUCGGGAAUGGGGGCUGGCCAUUGACGAGGCCUUCUUCAUGGACGGGGCUCCCAAGGGCCCCAUCCUCACCCAGAUCCAGCCCCACAUCUUCUUUGACGAUGGCCUUCAUAACAUCCAGGGGGCUCAGGAAGUGGGUGUACCCUCUGCCUGGGUCCCCUCGCAGUGCUGACGGGCUGGGCACCACGGGCCAGCAGUCUUCCCUCCCAGCAGCAUGUGGGUUUGGGUCAUUUCAAGGCAAAACUUGUGGUGGGAAGGGAAGGGUGGCCCAACCUGCAGCAAGCCAACCUCAGGGAAAGGGGAAGAGAACACUGCAUGAGAGUGCCGGCCACCGGACAAGGCUCUGUGCUCGUUUCUGCUCCUGAGACAAGGUCCAUGCGGUCCUGGGAUGAAGCCAACGAAAAUGCAAAUUCUCCAGGAGGGAAGGAUACCUUUGCUGUGACACUAAGGACUGCCACUCUCCUGCCCUGUAGGGCCUGGGUGCUUUUCUGCUCUCCAAACAGAAGCAAUGAAGCUAUCUCAGACACAGUCUGCAAGAUGUACUCUCUGGCGCUCUGGCCAACAUGAGCCUUUGACACCCCGCCUCAGCCAGACGCGCUCCUCAGCUCGGUUUCCCGAGGAAGCGAGGCUGAUGUGGGACUGAGUCCUUCCGGCAUCUCGCUGCUGAUCACGGAGCAGAGCUCUGACCAGCUCCAGCCAAGCCUGGCAGAGGGAGCGUGGCCUCGAAGGUGCGAGGGUCCUACCGAUUUUGCAAAAAUGGAUGACUGGGUUGAGAAAAGAAUCCUCAGUCUCAAUCAAAAAAACCCACAUACAAGAGACUACAGCAGGAAUCACCUUCUCUUGGGGUGCGAGCAGCAGCCACCAGGGGACACUGUGCCCCAGGGUCACUACCCCAUGGGUCCCUUCUUGCAGAGGAGCGAGCAAGAAAAAUGAGCACGGCUCUAAGAGCCUGCUGCAAAUAAGCCUCCUGGGGGGACUCCCCUGGUCCCCCUCGUGCAGCUCCGCCUUGCUAAACAGUCUAAAAAAGGCUGCCGGCCUCCCAGCCCCAAUGACACUAGAAGUUCACUGCCAGCGUGAUGCUACCUCUCCCUCUCAGCUGCUUUGCAAAGUUCUGAAAUGCAAAUUUUAUGGUAGACCUCAGAGAAAUAGAGAUCCCUGAUGAAAUUUUUAAUCGCUUUUGGUUGAAACUCGGAGGAUUUCAUGCAAUUGAAAUUGCAGCAUGAAAAAACAUUCAGUUGAAAAACAGCUGGCCGGCUGUAAUGACCGGUAGUACUGGUAACGCUGACUGGCCCGGUACAUCCAGCCUGCUCUGGUGUUUUAAUCUCGAACCACUUGAGCUUCCCGUGAAGGGGCUCAGGGCUUGCACUGCUCCGGUCUCCGGAAGGGCACAUCAAAGCCUCCCCAAAUGCACAAAAUCUCUGAGAUCACCCUCACAGGUGCAAAAUUAUCUCUCUUGGUACUCGUGUUUUUUAAUCUAAUCAUCCAGCUCUCCAACGUGCUGGUGGCUCGCGGGCUGCCCACAUCAUCUCCAUGCCAUGGACACGGCUGUUUUACCCCAGUUGCUCCAAACCAAUUUGCCUAUCAUGUUUUAUCCUUAUUGGAUAAAUCAUCAUGACUUAUCAUGUUUUAUCCUUCUUGGCCCUAGUUUUCCUCCCAGAAGAACCCAGCAGAUCCCAAACACCAUUAGCAAAGAUAAGAAUGGGAAAACUGAGUGAGGACAUGGAUGUGGGGGCAGGGAUUGACCAGAGCUGGUGAUAAAAAAAAGUACUAACUAGCCUCUCCGGGCAGGGAAAAGUCAGUGCGUGGCUAAGAGAGACGCACGAUACACGUGUACAACAAGGACCUGCUGCCCACCUGCUUGCAACCAGCACGGGAACAUAAACUCAGCAAAAUGCUGGUCCCAGCUGCUGGAUGAGUUGAGGAUUAUGGCCAAAGGGGAUGAAGAUGACAGUGUUUUUAUAUGCCCGUGGGAUUAGAAAGCAAUUUUCUUAAUGGAUUUGCAGGUGUCACUCUCACCGAUGCUUUUUCCUCCAAUAAAGAAAGAUACAUGUAGGA